AUGAUUGUCACGAUCUAUAUGAACGACUUGAUUAUACCCUCGAUAAACCUACAAGACGGACUAUCGCGACUUAAGUUGGUAUUGGAAACGGCGAGACAUGUAGUAGAAAAUGGAAAUAUCACGCUGUCAGAUAAAAAGACUUAUGCUGUAAAGCAUUUUCCGAAGCCGAUGAACGUACGUUCUGUACAAAGUUUUUUGGACCUAACAGAGUAUUUUCAAAAAUUUAUACCUCAAUAUUCGCUUAUACCACGACCGUUAGCGGAGUUAUUACAAAACGAAGUAGAUUUUAAAUUCGGGAAAGAACAGGAACAGGCGUUCGAGCAACUGAAGAUAGCUUUGAGCCGAAAGCCUGUCUUGUGUUUAUAUUGUCCGACAGCAGAAACAGAAUUGCACACUGAUGUGUCGGCUUCAAGAUUUGGUGCAGUAUUGCUAUAA